AUGAAAGGGUUCAAAUUGCUUCAAUCAUUCAUUAUUUCUCGUUUUAUUUUCUCUAGUGCCGUUCUGGCGAGUGAGCCGACGACUGCUACAAAGUUGGAAGAUGCCCCAGAGUGUGCUAUCAGCUGUUUUGCUCAGUUGGGGUUUGUCAAGAUGCAACGAACUCAAUCAUGGGGAGCUGACGAUAUUACUAUCAUCGCAGCCGCAGUCUUUACAGUUGUCCAAUGCAUCAUGAUGGGUUUGAUGACCUUCAAAGGCUUGGGACGCAACAUUUGGCUGUUCAAUGACAAGACAAUCACCACAUUCUACGUUUAUCUUCUCGUUGUUCAGUAUGCAUAUGUUUUGAGCCUAUGUCUCGUCAAACUAUCAAUCCUCUUUUUUUUCCUACGUACAUUUCCGGACCAAAGGUUCAGAACCUUUGUGAAAUGGACAAUCGGCUUCAAUAUUCUCACUACAAUCAUCUUCAGCAUAUGCGGCGCCCUUCAACGACAGCCUAUAUACUUACUUUGGGAGGGAUGGAAGGAUUUCCCGCCAAAGGGAACUACUUUGAACAUCCCGGCAAUCAUAUUCUCGCAUGCUGCUAUUAAUAUUGCCCUCGAUGUCUGGAUGUUUGUUCUUCCUCUUACCCAAUUAUAUCACUUGGGUUUGAAGCCAAAGAAGAAAGCUGGGGUUAUGCUUAUCUUUAGUGUUGGAAUAUUCCUCAUAGCGGCCAGCUGUGUUCGAAUCCCAUAUUUAAUCGGUUUCACCGACUCUCAAGGAUUUAUCGUUUGGUCAAAUAUCGAGUGUGGCGUGGGCAUCCUCGUCGCCUGUAUGCCACACAUGCAACCAGUCUUUCGCGCCAUAGCAGCUCGAGUAAGAUCGUGGAAAGUGCUGCCCACUAGUUCCAACGGUGGCGAUGGCAUGUUUGUUCAAAGAGGGUUGAAGACUAUUCCGAUUACGAAGACGGGAGGAAAUUCUAUGCGUACUGAUGGCACUACAUUGGUUGGAGGUGAUGAUAUGGAAAUCGAUGAUUCGGGGAGAUUAUCGACUUUGACAGAGACGUCCAAGUCGGGGAAUAAAAAAGAUGAGUUUGUUAGCGAUGGACGUACCUCGGGUUCAGCAGGGUCGGAAGAGGGCUGCACUGGCCUCGGGGUAUCGGAAAGAUUGGCCGCUGGAAGCAUAAGAGACGAAAUUAGUAGGCCACCUUAUGCUCUUUAG